AUGCUCACGAAGAUCUGUAAUCAACCAAUAGUCCAUAUCACGUCCGAAAAGAUGUUCAAACUCGAGGGAUCUACCCCUGCAGGAACCACGGAGCCAUUGUUCUCAUUUGGAAAGCCGGUCCUUAAGGCUCAGGAUUCGCCCUUUAAAGGCUUUGGCGCGCUAUCGCUGGGAACCAAGCACGAUAUAAUCGUGGGAGUCGACUAUGGCACAACAUUUACAGGUGCCAGCUACGUCAGCUCCAAAGCCACCGACAUCAGCGAGAUCGUGGUCAUAAACAGCUGGCCCGGUCCUUCUCAAGACACGGAUACGGUCUUUAAGACGCCUUCACGAAUCGCGUAUGCCUCCGACAACCCACGCCUGAGCAAGGAUCAAUGGGGCUUCCAAGUCGAACCGGGGAUGGCGUCGUACUCGUGGACAAAGUUGCUGCUCGACCAGGGAACACCCUUGUCACAGUAUAAUGACUCGGCGCUGGAAGAGGCUUCAAAGAUAGGCAUUAUGAAACUUCCCGAGAAAAAGGAUGCCGUUGAAGUCGCUGGUGACUACCUCGCUGAAGUGCACCAACAUAUCCUCAGAGUGAUCGGGAAGAGCAUCACGGAGGAAACUCUGCAGGUCACCCCGCUGGAAUUCUGGUUCACGGUUCCAGCCAUUUGGUCGGAUCGGGCAAAAGACGCGACCAAGAAAGCUACACGGAGAGCGGGCUUCGCGGGCACCCUUGCCCGACGGAUUGAUCAGAUCUUCCUCAUCACGGGAACACGAGGCCGCUGCGAUAGCGGUGCUGAAGAGAUGCUGGAGAUGGCGUGCUCGUGUGCGAUUGUGGCGGUGGGACUGUGGUAUGGUAUACCGGGUGCCGAGGAGCAUCUUGCGCACCAGCUAACAUGGACGAACUACGCAGGACAUUACGACAUACCUUGUCAACGAGAUAGAGCCAUUGAAGUUCGAGGAGCUGUGCACAGGAAUGGGUUUCCCACCAAGGAAACUCUAACUGUGAGUGUAGGAGGCAAGUGCGGCUCGACAGCGGUGGACCGCAACUUCUACAGACUCAUGUCUGAGCGCUUCGGUGAAGCAUUCGACAAGCUGCCCAUGAAGCGCAAGGGCCCUGGGAGCGAGUUCAUGAAGAAGUUCGAGACCCUGAAGAGAGACUUUGGGGUGUCUGAUGAACAAGCCAGUUGGGAACUGCCACUGAAUAUGACGGUGGAUGCCCCAGACCCCAAAUACUUUGAUGAAGAAGAGCGUCUGGUGAUUAUUUACAGUGACGACAUGCGCAAGAUCUUUGACCCCGUAUUGGACCAGAUUAUUCAGCUGGUAAAGAGGCAGAUCGAGGAUGCCAACAAAGAUGCUGGGAGAGAUGCCAUAAAUAGGAUCAUCCUCGUUGGCGGCUUCGGUGACUCGGAGUAUCUUCGAAACGCGUUCAAGUCGUCCUUUGGACUCGGCGGCAAAAUCGCCAUUACCGUGCCUGACUUACCACAAGCAGCCAUCGUGCAAGGCGCCGCUCUGCGAGGGCUAGACGGGAUUCGAUCCUCAACCAAACGCUGCCGGCGCCAUUACGGGUUCACGGUAGGCAUCAACUUUCGACCCGGGAUCGACGACGAGGCCAAUGCCUACAUGGAUGAAUACAACGACAUAAAAAGGGGUCAGAAAUACGCAGAGGAACACACCGAGUAUAUCAAGGUCCAAAGAAACAUCUAUCCAGGUUCGCGCUUGGUUUCUAAUAUUCCACUCUACGCUUGCGAUCAGGACCUGGCGGCGGUGCGGGUCGAGCAUAAAGGUGUCUAUAGCGUCGGCAAGAUUGUGGUAGAUCUGUCUAAAGUUGACCUGAAUUUGUUCGAGUCAAAGAUCAUACGGAAUGAACGGGUGCGCAACGUCAACUACCGGGUCAAAAUCACAUUCGGAGCUCAGGAAGGACUGCUGAAAUUCGAGGCCAUUAGCCGCGGGCAGAGGAUCGGCGAGACGAGUAUCGAUUUCAGCACGACGAAGUAUUAUUGA